AUGCAAAAGGCUAAAAGGGUCUCUUAAGACAUAAAGUCUCAACGACCAUCAAGGAUCAUAAGCAGAUGUUACAGCUGUCAUCAGCCUAAUCUGGGUUCAGAGAUGGUCACUGCUGCAUUGUGUUCAAACUGAAUUCUCACAUAUUUCCAAACUAUUCACUAUUUUAGCCAGAAUAUGAUGACAAUUCAACACUUGUCCAUUAUGCAGCGAUAUACUGUCAGUCAAAUGCAGUUAGGGUCAGGGCUAAACACUCAGUUGGUCAUAUCAGAUUUAACAACCACAGGAAGGGUGGAAAGAGUUGCGAUAUACUGAAGAGGAAGACUUGACAGAAAGAGAAAAUGGCUGAUAAGUGUCAUUUGUAUCUGCUGGGACUGAUCUUUCUCUCUUCACUUCGCACAGGUUCCAGUGGAGUGGAUGAGACUCAUGUGUUCAUCAGUUCUGCUCAAAAUGUCCGUCUGCCCUGUAAUAAUGCUUUUCCUGACUGCAAAUCAACUACAUGGAACUAUAACAGAUUCAGACAUUCAGCAGCAGUUGAACUGAUUGCUUUAGGGAUGAAGAAAAACACCACGAGACAUGAGAUACUCAGUCUGGGGUCUGACUGCUCUCUGAACAUCAAGAACGUCACGAAAGAAGAUUAUGGCAUUUACACCUGCAAACAAUUUGUGAAUAACAAACAACUAAGAACUGAUGUUCGUGUUUAUCUGCAUGUUCUUCACGUCUCUUCAUCAUCAUCAUCCUCACAGACUGAGAUCAGUGCAGGCCGCUCUGUGACUCUCUCCUGUCAGUUGUAUUCAUUUGCUGGAGUCUCUUGUGAUGACUGGAUCCGUUCUGAGGGAAUUCAGCUGUUCUGGGUGAAUCAGACUGGUGUUACACUGACGAUAUCUGACUCCAGAUAUCAGAUAUCAGCUCCAGAUCACUGUAUCAGCACUCUGAAUACAACACUCCUGAAUGACGAUGACAACAGAGAGUGGAAAUGUGAAGUUACCCAAAGAAAUCAAGUUAAGACCACAUAUACUGUCAAGAGUUCAGAUCCAGCAGAAACUGAAGUCAGAAGCACUGCUGAAUCAUUAUUCAGAGUGAUUGUGAUUAUUGUUGAGUUCGCAGUGUUUGCUGCUCCUACUGUGAUUCUUCUUCAGAUCAUCUGUGCAAGAAGAGCUGGGAGGAAGAACUCGCAGCACUCAGAGGAAAUAGUGAUGAAUACAAUAUAUGAAUAAAAUGCUCUCUACAAAUAACAGCAAGAUUUAUCUUCAUCUCAAUGAUAUUAUGAAUAUUUUCAUGCAGCUUUCAGUGAUAUUUGCUCCGUACACUGUACUGAAUUCCUUAAAUUUAAUAUUAAAUACAGUGAUCAACAGAGCAAGACAGGUAUCUUUAAUAAACAUGAAUAAUUAUUACAGAAAUCAUAAUAAAAAUACAUGGUAAUUUUCUAACGCUGAUUCAUCUAAUCAUUACAUUAAACUUUUUACACAAGGUUUUAAAUGUUGUAAUAGUCCAUUUUAACUGAUAAUUCUGUCUAACUGAUUGUCUUC